AUGGAAUUAGAAACAGAAAUUCCAAUAUGGUUUAAUGGAAGAGUUAAAUGGAUAUCAAAUUUAAGUUCUCGUUCAACUUGUUCCGAUGUAAUUCAAGCUAUAUUAUCAUCAUCAUUAGAUAUUAUUGAUUCAUCAAAAAAAAUUCAAGAUUAUCAAUUAUAUGAAUGUUGGCAUGGUAUUGAAAGACCAUUAAAAGGUCGUUGUCGUAUUCUUAAAUUAUGGAAAUCUUGGUCUCAUGAAUGUCAAAAUGUUCUAUUAACAGUUCGAUGUCGUGAUGAACAAAAUAUUCCAAUAUAUAUUCAUAUUCGUCAACAAGAUAAAAAAUUAAAUAAAUUAAAACGUCAACUUAAAAAAACUGAUGAACAAAUAGAAAAAUUUAAUUUAAUUCAUAAAAUAAAUAAUAAUGAUAAUAAUCAAAUAUUAUCUUAUUUAAAUAUAUCUCGUACAAUAAAUCGUUUAAAUAAUGAUAUUGAUAAUCAAGAUAAAUUAAUAUCACGUUUAAAAUCUGAUAUUGAAUAUGAAUAUAAUCAAGAUUCAAUUGAAUAUGAUUUUAAAAAUCUUUUAUAUAAUAUUAAUCAAACAUUAAUAUCAAGUAGAAAAUUAACACAUUUAUCAGAUGAACUUGAUCAAAAAAUAAAUAAAAUAAAUGAAGAUAUUGAUCAAAAACAUAUUUUAUUAGAUGAAUUAGAAUUAGAUUAUGCACUAGAAGAUAAUAUUGAUAUUGAUAGUCUUGAUGAUCAAUAUUAUCAACAUGAACAACAUCAAGUAUUAUCUAUAUCAAAACAAAUAUCUCCAAUAAUUAAUCAUAAUAUUAUUUCAAAUAAAACAUUAACAGUUCCAAGUCGUCCAACAGCAAUAGUUGAACCAAAUCUAUCAAGAUUUAAAUUAAAAGAUAAUUUAUUGAAAAAUAUGACAUCUUCAUUAUUAUUAAAUAAUAUUAAUAUUGAAGAAAAUUUAUCUAAAAAAUCUAAUAUUGAUUUAAAUUAUUUAUCAAUGGAAUAUAAUGAUAAAUUAAAUUCAUUAAAUAAUGAUCAAUUAGAUCGAAGAUUUAUUUCAAUUGAUUCAAAUUAUCAACAAUUAAUUACACUUGUUUAA